CAGAGGCAUCGUUAUCUGGGGUUGAGCCUCUUAUGCAAAAGAUUCACAGUAAGAUACGCCGAGUGGAUGCUGGGAUACUUGCAGCUGUUCGCCAACAGAGCAAUUCCAGAGCCAAAGCCAAGGAAGAUCUUGCUGCUGCUACACGGGCUGUAGAGGAACUCAUGUUUAAGAUUCGAAAAAUUAAGACAAAAGCUGAGCAGAGCGAAACAAUGGUCCAGGAAAUAUGUUGUGACAUUAAGAAGUUGGACUUUGCAAAGAAACACAUUACGACCACAAUAACUGCACUUCACCGUCUUACUAUGCUAGUGUCUGCAGUUGAGCAGCUGCAAGUAAUGGCUUCCAAACGAAAUUACAAAGAAGCGGCUGCCCAACUGGAGGCUGUAAAUCAGUUGUGUAGUCACUUUGAAGCCUACAGGGACAUACCAAAGAUCAUGGAGCUCAGGGAGAAGUUCAAAAAUAUCAAACAAAUUCUCAAAUCUCACGUAUUUUCUGAUUUCUCAAGCUUGGGAACUGGGAAAGAGACGGAAGAAACAAAUUUGCUGCAGCAGUUAUCUGAAGCGUGCUUGGUGGUUGAUGCUUGGGAGCCAUCCGUGAGGGAAGAGUUGGUUAAUAAUUUCUGUAGCAGGGAGCUUACGUCGUAUGAGUAGAUCUUUGAAGGAGCUGAAUUGGCCAAGUUGGAUAAAACUGAACGAAGGUAUGCAUGGAUUAAGCGCCGGAUAAGAACAAAUGAGGAGAUAUGGAAGAUCUUCCCUCCUUCAUGGCAUGUUCCCUAUCGUCUUUGUAUCCAGUUCUGUAAGAAGACAAGGAAACAACUAGAGGGAAUACUUGAAAAUCUGAAGGAUAAGCCAGAUAUUGGAGCUCUUUUAAUGGCCCUGCAACGAACUUUAGAAUUUGAGGAUGAAUUGGCUGAGAAAUUUGGAGGUGGUUCUCAAAAGGAGAUGGGAAAUGAGAUAGAAGAGAUAGGUAGAGAAAAUCACAAUCAAAGUGUUUCAGAUAUUCGGAAAAAUUAUGAAAGAAAGCUGGCUAUACAUCAGGAAAAUGAAGGCCAAGAAAAAUACGGAAAUAAAGAUUUGUCAGCACCCGGAGCCGGGUUUAACUUCCGUGGAAUUUGUUCAUCUUGCUUUGAACCUCAUCUAACUAGCUAUGUGGAGCUAGAGCAGAAGACACUGAUGGAGAAUCUAGAAAAACUUGUUCAGGAAGAAAAGUGGGAUAUUGAAGAGGGCAGUCAGAAUAAUGUUUUAUCUAGUAGCAUGCAGUUGUUUCUCAUCAUCAAGAGGAGCUUAAAACGUUGCAGUGCUCUAACAAAGAGCCAGACAUUACUCAAUCUAUUCAGGGUAUUUGAAAAAAUUCUGAAAGCGUAUGCUUCAAAGCUCAAGGCAAGGUUUCCCAAGGGUGGUGUGGGAAUUGUUGCAGCAGAAACUAGUAUGGAUGGACAAAUUAAGACUUCCGAUAGAGAUGAACGGCUGAUUUGCUAUAUCGUCAAUUCAGCCGAAUACUGCAGAAAAAUAUAAGGUGAAUUGGCUGAAAGCGUGUCGCAAAUAAUUGAUCCUCAACUUGCAGCUGGAGCAUAUAUGUCAUCAGUAGAAGAAGACUUUUCCGGGCUUAUAACAGAGGCAUUGAUGACCUUGGUGCAUGGCUUAGAAACCAAGUUUGAUCUAGAAAUGGCAGCCAUGACGCGUGUUCCCUGGGCUACACUUGAAAGCGUUGGCGAUCAAUCUUCGUAUGUCAAUGGUAUAAAUAUGAUCCUAACCAGCAGCACUCAUGUACUGGGGAGCCUCCUAGCACCUGUUCACUUCCAGUACUUCUUGGACAAGCUUGCAUCAUCUCUUGGUCUACGCUUCUACACCAACAUUUUCAAGUGCAAACAAAUAUCUGAAACUGGAGCGCAACAGAUGCUUUUAGAUACUCAAGCCGUGAAGACAAUUCUUCUGGAGAUUCCAGUGCUUGGUCAACAGAUGUCUAGUGCUGCGAGCUAUUCAAAGUUUGUGAGCCGGGAAAUGAGUAAAGCUGAAGCACUUUUGAAGGUUAUACUAUCCCCAGUAGAUUCCGUGGCAGAUACAUAUCGAGCAUUAUUACCAGAGGGAACACCAAUGGAGUUCCAGUGGAUUUUGGAGCUCAAGUUGAGAAGUCUAGGACCCGGGUUCGAGCGAGGAAAACCCUAA